CUUCCUGCGGCCGGGCUCACACGGCCACCCGUGCCCUCCGCCGCGUGCGGCCUGGGAUGCCCCUGCUCGCCCUGCUGCGGGCUUGGUCUUUCCUCUCCUGGGGCUGCAGAGCCCAGAAGCUCAGCAGUGAGGGGUCCGACGAGGGGCCUGGGGAGGCCUGGGGGGCUCUGGACCACUGCCCCCGCCCCUCCUCCACUGUCCCGCCCCGACCGGCACAUCUGGGAAGGUCCCGGCACUGCCCGGAAGCGCAGCAGCCGCCAGUGUCCGGGGAAUGACGAGCCGCCCCUUGGCAGGCCGCCCCGCGUGCAAGGCCAUCCCAGCCGGACACCCCGGCCAUGUGGGGCUCCCGGGAGCUGCUCCUGGUGUGGUUUCUGGUGCUGGCGGCUGGCGGCACCGAGCACGUCUACCGGCCCGGCCGCAGGGUGUGUGCGGUCGGGGUCGCCGAGGCGCCGGAGUCCUUCGUGCAGAGAGUGUACCAGCCCUUCCUCACCACCUGUGACGGGCACCGGGCCUGCAGCACCUACCGGACCCUGUACAGGACUGCCUACCGCCGCAGCCCGGGGCCGGCCCCAGCCAGGCCUCGCUAUGCCUGCUGCCCCGGCUGGAGGAGAAGCAGUGGGCUCCCCGGGGCCUGUGCAGCAGCCGUAUGCCAGCCGCCGUGUCGGAACGGAGGGAGCUGUGUCCGGCCCGGCCGCUGCCACUGCCCUGCGGGAUGGCGGGGUGACACCUGUCAGACAGACGUGGACGAGUGCAGCUCUGGCAGGUCCGGCUGCCCCCAGCGCUGUGUCAACACCGCCGGAAGCUACUGGUGCCAGUGCUGGGAGGGGCACAGCCCCUCUGCGGACGGGAGGCUCUGCCUGCCCGAGGGAGGGGCCCCCAGCUCGGCCCCAAGCCCGCCGACAGGGGCGGACGGUGCCGUGAGGGAGGAGGUGCGGCAGCUGCGGGCCAGGGUGGACGCGCUGGAGCAGGUGAGGCCCCGACGCUCCCUGGGACACGGCUGUCACCCGCGGGGUGGGGGUGGGGCUCCCUGUAAGGACCCUGUCCCAGGGGAAGCAUCCUGGCUGCUGUCAGCCCUGGGGACUCCCCGGGACGGGACCCCCCCACUUCACCUGUCCACACCAGGACGGUCCUGUGGGGCCUCCCAGCGGGACUCUGGCCCAGCGACCCCGUUGGCUUCGCAGCAGCUGGGCAGGCGGGCACACCCGAGCCACCCGGCCUCUCCGAAACGCAGCUCUGUCUGGGGCGUCCAGAGCCCCUGCUGGCCCCCGCUCGGCUCUCGGGGCGCAGAGGGGCGCGGGGCUGGCCGGCGUCACACGUGCCUUCCCUGCAGAGGCUGCAGCUGGCGCUGGCCCCGCUGCACAGCCUGGCCGCGCUGGCCUCGGAGCACGGGCUGCCGGACCCGGGCAGCCUCCUGGUCCACUCCUUCCGGCAGCUGGACCGCGUGGACUCUCUGAGCGAGCAGAUCUCCUUCCUGGAGGAGCAGCUGGGGUCAUGCUCCUGCAGGAAGGAGCUGUGACAGGCCGACCGGCCUCCUGCGCCCCCGCCUGUGCUGGGCAGAAAUCCCCUUCGUCUUCCUCAAGACUCGGGCAUGGGGCGGGGCCCCUACUCCCCACGACCCCGGGGGCUUCCAGGGUGGGGAACUCGCCCCCAGUUCUUUGUCAGAAUAAAAACAAGGCUUGAUUGGCGGA